GGAUGAUACUCUCUUCGUGUAUGACUGUGCCAAUGUGGAAAAGAAGGCCUUAGGAAAUAAAGGGGUUUAGUCAUUGCAACCAUCAGCUCUGUGCACUGUCCCGUAUCGUGAAAUGGAGAUGUGUCUUAAAAGCUGUGCAUUUAUUCCUGGUUGUUUAAAUUCCAACCUCUUGAGUUGAGAAGAAAGGUUUAUCUUAUUUAUUAUUACCUUGACAGGAUGGACAACCAGCAGACAAAGGAAGUGAUAACAUCCUAGCUUUUGCCUUCUCCCCAUCAGGAGAUUAUUUUGUCUUGACAGAUGACAACAAACAGCUGAUUCUAUUUCGGACUAAGCCCUCUUGGGAAUGCGUUAGCAUCAGACAGUAUUUCCAUCUUUAAGAACUGGGACUUUACCUUCUCCUGGAGAGUGCUAAGGUUGAGCCUUUAAGAGUGACAGUGAGCAGUACAGUUCUCUUCUGAAAACUGUCUUCAGCUGUCCACCAGAGGUCCUCCAGUUACAAGUUUUUCAUUGCUGCUUAUGACAAUCCUCUGUGAAAAAAAGGGUUCUGUGAAGGACUUCCUGAGAAGGCCUGUGAAUAGGAGAUGCACUUCACUCGUUAUUACAGCUGCAGAGGAUAAGAUUCUGGUGGCAGACAAAUCUGGUGAUGUCUAUUCGUACUCAAUUACAGAACCACAAGCAGAGGGCAAAUUUGAACUGGGUCACUUGUCCAUGCUACUGGAUGCGGCACUGAGUCCCGAUGACCGGUAUAUCCUCACUGCAGAUAGAGAUGAGAAGAUCAGAGUCAGUUUGACUAAGGCUCCUUACAACAUUGUAUCUUAUUGCCUGGGACAUGAAGAGUUUGUAAGCAGAAUAUUUGUAGUACCCAACUAUCCUGAUCUUCUGUUGUCAGCUUCUGGGGAUUGCACUCUAAGACUUUGGAAAUAUGAAACUGGGGAAGAGGUGUACUGCUGUCAUCUAAGCAGCAUCUGUGGGUCUGAGACAACCAAAAUGGACCAGAAAUAUAUUGUCUCAAGAAUAGCCUACUGCUGUCAAGGAAGUUAUGUUGCCAUACUGUGUGACUGUAUUCCCACAGUCUACAUCUUUCAGCUUGAUGCCGUUGCCCAGCAGCUAGUUUACAGAGAGCAAAUUUCUUUGAAGCAUAAAUGUUGGGACAUUGCAUUUGAGGAAACAGGAGAAAUCUGGAUUCUACAGGAAGACAGUGAAGCCCCUCUUCAAUUGUACAGACCAUGUGAUGGACAGUGGAAGUCUGUAACCGAUGAUGAAGAAUUGCAGAGGAUGUCUAAAUAUCUUCUUGACAACUGGACAACAUUUGAAGGGUUUGUUGGUGCAGAGAGCCACUACAGCAGUCUCUACAAGGCUUCGUUUGAUAGCAUGGCUGUCUACCUACAGAGGAAAGAGGAAAGGAUACAGAAGCAGAAAAAGAAAAGGCAGAAUCUGCAACAUGAUGCUAAUGGACAAACCAAAAAGAUCAAAACAGAAGAAUCAUCACUAUGACACUGUUUGUUGUUGGCUUGUAACUUUUGCCUUGCUGGAAGGAACUGAUUGGGCUGUAGACUGUUUUUAAAUGGAAAAGGAUUAAUGGAAGAAGAUUUGUUUAAACUCCAAUUCAAGUUUUCAGGCAGCCCACUGUAGCAAUGUCCCUCUUGCAGCAGCUAUUUUAUGUACUGUAUGUCUAAGCUUCUGAGAGCAUAAAAAUGUCAGCAUUUCAGUCCUAGAGAUCUCUGCUGCACGACGUGUGAUUACUGGUGGUUUUCCCUGAAGCAGGACUUUCCUUUUGCCUACUGUGUUCAGGCUUGCAUCUUCAGGUGAAAGUGCACUGAUUAAAAUUGACAUAUUUUUUUUCUUUUUUUUAAAAUUCAGUUAGUUAAUGUAACUAGCACAGCGUAACUGGCUGUGGGAAAGGGGCUAUUGCAUAAUUCUUGCUGCCUGUGAAGGGUUUCCAUUUAAUGUGGUUAGACGUCUGCCUGGCUUCAAUUCAAUGCUUCUCUUUGGAGGAAGGAGUGCAGAAAUAGGUUUUACACCCUGAAAAGUAAAAGUGAAAAGUGUCAGUCAACUUUAUGCUAUUGGAAGAUUCUUCUGUUGCAAUAUGAUCCCAGUCUGUCUGUGAAGAUGAUUUGAAAGGCCUGUGAGCAAUGCUAGGGAGUGUGAUCUGCUUCAUUCAACAAGAACUCUUUCAUGUUGCAAUUAGCCAACAGGCACAUUCUUUUUGAAAAGUUAUCAGUGAGAGCCUUCAGGGGUCAGUUGCUGCUUCAUCACAUGGCAGAAGAUGUGUGUUCAUCUACCAGAUGGCAUCCUGGCUGUAUGAUAUAUAAUACAAUAUACUUCAACUGAGACUGUAAAAUCCAGGUGUUGGUAUCUGUAUAGUUCAUUAAAGAUACUCAGAAUUA